CUGGGAGCAAAGCGGCUCCUGUCUCUCCCUCUCUCUCUCCCAAGGGAUGCAGCCUCAGUGGCCCCUUCUGGGGUCUGUCUGCCCGGAUUUGUGGAAUUGGAAUAUGGCAACCUGAUUUCUUGGAUGAGUUUCAGUUGGUACAGCUUGAGGACUUUGACAAGGUGCUUGGACAGAUCAAAGAUGGAUCAGCAAGACUCUGCUGCCCUUGAAGCAGGAAAAGGCCCUGAUGCCAUCAAGACUGGGACCUGUGGGGAGAAAUUCUGUGGGGAAAACAGCCUCCUCUCAGAUGUCCAGUCCCAGCAGUUCAGGCAUUUCCGCUACGAGGAAGGCAUGGGGCCCCGAGAGGCUUGCAGUCAACUCCAUCUUCUUUGCCAUCGGUGGCUGAAGCCGGAGCGACACACAAAGAACCGGAUGCUGGACCUGGUGAUCCUGGAGCAGUUCUUGAGGAUCCUUUCACCAAAGACGGCGAGCUGGGUGAGGGAAUGUGGAGCGGAGACCACUUCCCAGGCGGUGGCCCUGGCCGAAGGAUUCCUCCUGAGCCAGGCAGAGGAGAAGAAGCAGGAAGAGCGGCAGGAAAAGGGUCUGUUUGGAGGAAAAGGAACUGAUUUUUCCGAGGCAGAGAGGACUUCAUCGGACACCAGACAGAGGCCGCUGGGUGAUGGAAUGAUGUCGGCAAGACCUACUAAACCUUCUCUUUGUGGUGUAGGAGAAGCUGCUGCUGUUCCACAUGAUCAGGGUCCAGUGGUCUUUGAGGAUGUGGCUGUGUAUUUCACGGAAGAGGAGUGGGCCCUGCUGGCUCCUGACCAGAGAGCUCUGCACAAGGAAGUCAUGGAGGAGAAUUGUGGUACUCUGGCCUGUCUUGAUGGUGACAAAUGGAAAGUCAAGAGUAAGAGAGAACUGGGUGGGAAAGAGAUAUCUGAAAAAGACCAAUCUAAGAAGACGGAAGAGCAGAGAAGGAAAACUGAAGCUGAAGAGAAGAGAAGGGAUGAAUCCUCUCCUUCUCAGGGCAGUGACUGCCAUGAGAUUUCAGUCCGAGAAAAAACAGAUGCAAGAAACAAAAGAAGUAAUACUUUUGGUUAUUGGAAAAGUCUCAAUUUUAACAAAAAUGGCAAAGCCCAUACCAAAAAGAAACUCUAUGAAUGCUUGGAAUGUGGAAAGAACUUUCCUUCCUGUUACAAACUUACUAUCCAUGCUAGAAUUCAUACUGGGGAAAAACUGUAUCAAUGUUUAGAAUGUGGAAAGAGCUUCAUUGAUAAGAGAAAUCUUAUAUUCCAUGAAAGAAUUCACACUGGGGAGAAACCAUAUAAAUGUUUGGAGUGUGGAAAGAGUUUCAGUCACAAGACAUCUCUCACUAAUCAUCAAAGAAUUCAUACAGGGGAGAAACCAUAUAUAUGCUUAGAGUGUGGAAAGAGCUUCAGUCAUAAGACAUGUCUCAUUUAUCAUCAAAUAACUCAUACUGGGGAGACCCCGUAUAAAUGCAUGGAAUGCGGAAAGGGCUUUCCUUCCAAUUCUGCACUUAAUGUCCAUAAAAACAUCCACACUGGAGAGAAACCAUAUAAAUGCUUAGAGUGUGAAAAGAGCUUCAAUCACAAGACAUCUCUCACUAAUCAUCAAAGAAUUCAUACAGGGAAGAAACCAUAUAAAUGCUUGGAGUGUGGAAAGAGCUUCAGUCAAAAGAUCUCUCUCACUAAUCAUCAAAGACUUCAUACUGGGGAGACCCCGUAUAAAUGCAUGGAAUGCGGAAAGGGCUUUGCUUCCAAUUCUGCACUUCAUUUCCAUAAAAACAUUCACACUGGAGAGAAAUCAUAUAAAUGCUUAGAGUGUGACAAGAGCUUCAAUUACAAGACAUGUCUAACUAAUCAUCAAAGAAUUCAUACAGGGGAGAAACCAUAUACAUGCUUGGAAUGUGGAAAGAGCUUCAGUCGCAAGACAUCUCUCACUAAUCAUGAAAGACUUCAUACAGGGGAGAAACCAUAUAUAUGCUUGGAGUGUGGAAAGAGCUUCAGAACCAGUUCUCACCUUUCUUCCCACCAAAGAAUUCACACUGGGAAGAAACUAUAUAAAUGUUUGGAAUGUGGAAAGAAUUUGAGCUGCAAGAGAUAUCUCACUUCCCAUCAGGGAAUUCAUACAAGACAGAAAUUGUCAAAUAAUGCUUGAAUUGUUGAGAGAGCAAAACAGCAAUGUCAUCAUCCAAGAAUUCACAAAAGAGGGAAAACCAUGUUAAUGUGCUGAGUGUACAAAACUUAUCUCCCCGGUGAAAGAUGGGAGGGGACCGAAUAUACUUUAGUUAACUUGAUCAAUGGUUGUUCUGUUUCUUGACAUGAUACUGAUAUGAAUACCAGUUACUGGAAACCUCAGGAGGGGGAAAUGCUCUUGCACUUGGGUCCUGCUUGCGGGCUCCCCAGGGGUUCUGGUUAGCCUGAUCCAAGAGUUUCUUCUUAUGUUCUUACUUGUGUUGCUAGUGUAUAUCGAAUGUAAUUCAUUUGUAUCUUGUGAGUUUUUAAAUAUUGUUUUGAUUCA